AUGACUUCGAAAUGUAUCGAGGACUACCAUCUUCAAGUCUCAUGCGGACCGUCACAUGGCAAAUUAUCGGUGGCGAGUGUCAACGACGAGUCGAAUCCGAUAUAUAUAGAAAGUGAACACUUUGUUGGGUAUAUACUGAUACGGGUACUCAAUUUCGAGGGCAAACCAGCAACGGGAACCGCCCCUAUACAUAAUCCGUCAUCAUCAUACUUUCACAACAAACAGCGACGAUAUUCUAUAGUAUUGCAGGGGAGAUUCAAGGAGGCUUGGAAUGGUGAUGAUGUUAUAUUUUGCAGUGAACUAGACCACCCUCUACAUAUCAUGCCGACGGGCGCUUCAUUAUGCGUCAAAUUAGCAAAAUGGAUGGACCCAGCCAUAGAAGCAGACAUAUAUGCUGCCAAACCGUACAUGAACAGCCCGCUACUCUGUGCCAUGAACUCCAUGUCCAUAUAUAAAAUUCACGAUGGAGUCGCCACGAUAUCAGCCAAUAUAACUACAGCCAAGUCUCCAACAAAACCCUCAAGGUUUACUCUAUCAUCCCGAACAAAUUCAGUACAAUCAAUAGCAGAAACCCAUAUAAAUUCACCGACAUCAUCGGAAAUAAUACUGAGUAGUGAAAAGUUUGAUGCAGGGAACUUUGUCUUUGGGCAGUGUGCUAUACCAGAGGAUUGUAGUGCUCUCUUUAGCAAAUUAGAUGUGACGCCACCGAGUUUGCCUACGUAUGAGAAGAGGAAGAGGCAUUUCCUACAUGCUAAUAAGCGUAGUGAAGUGACGUUUACGCCGGACGAGAUCUAUGCAAUGGACUUUUAUGAUGCCUAUAUAGACUUUUCCACAGCUAAUAUACGUCUUCCAGGACUCUGCUUGCCGGUGUGGAAGUACUGGGAAGGUCAAAGGGUUAGCUUCUCAGCCAAGUCUCGAGAUGGUAGUGCUGUAUUCUUUGCAGUAGCAUUCGAAUUGGUGCUUCGUUGCAGCCCACCUCCAGAGACGGAUAAAAAAUAG